AUGGCGGAAAAGGAUCUCGAGAACGGCGACCCCAAGCGGGAGAGAAUCUCGUUCGCUGACGGCUGGGAUCCUGACAAGGACGAGGGUGAAUAUGCCAACCUCAUCCGUUACAUCUCUACCUACCGAGACCGUCGUUUCUCCAAGGCCCCUUCCCAAGUCUCUGGAGACGAUGUGGCCGACGCCUCAAAGGAAAAGAAAGUCCCCUUCUACCGUAAACUCCUCGGUGGAGGCAGCAAACAAAGCGAACUCUAUGAAGUUCCGGAAGAGUGGCUCAACACAGACAUCAAGGCUGGUCUUACCUCCCACGAGGUUGAGGAGAGAAGACGCAAGACUGGUUUCAACGAGUUGACCACGGAGAAGGAAAACAUGUUGGUCAAGUUCAUCGGCUACUUCAGAGGCCCAAUUCUUUAUGUCAUGGAACUUGCUGUUCUUCUCGCUGCUGGUCUGCGUGACUGGAUCGAUUUUGGUGUCAUCAUCGGUAUUUUACUGCUGAACGCCGUGGUCGGUUGGUAUCAAGAAAAGCAAGCUGCCGAUGUCGUGGCUAGCUUGAAAGGUGACAUCGCCAUGAAGGCCGAAGUCGUUCGUGAUGGUCAAGUUCAGGAAAUCAAAGCCCGUGAGCUUGUUCCUGGUGAUAUUCUCAUUUUGGAAGAAGGUUCCGUCGUGGCUGGAGAAGCUCGCUUGAUCUGCGACUUUGAUAACACUGACACCUACGAAGAAUACAAGGAAAUGAUCAACGACCCUGAAGCUUACCACUCCAAGAAUCACACCGACUCCGAUGACGACGAGGAACACCACGUCGGUGUCUCCAUCGUGGCUACCGAUCAAUCUGCCAUCACUGGAGAAUCUUUGGCUGUUGACAAGUACAUGGGUGACAUCUGCUACUACACCACUGGCUGCAAACGUGGUAAAGCCUACUCUGUCGUCACUGAAUCUGCCCGCGGUUCUUUCGUCGGUAAGACUGCUUCGCUCGUCCAAGGUGCCAGUGAUUCCGGUCACUUCAAGGCCAUCAUGGACUCCAUUGGUACUUCUCUACUCGUUUUGGUCGUCUUCUUCAUUCUCGCUGCGUGGGUUGGUGGUUUCUUCCGCAAUCUCCCCAUCGCCACCCCAGAGAAGAGUUCCAUCAACUUGCUUCACUACGCCCUCAUUCUCCUCAUUAUCGGUGUUCCUGUCGGUCUGCCCGUCGUCACCACAACCACUUUGGCUGUCGGUGCUGCGUACUUGGCUCAACAAAAGGCAAUUGUUCAGAAGCUCACCGCUAUCGAGUCCUUGGCUGGUGUCGAUGUUCUCUGCUCUGACAAGACUGGUACUUUGACUGCCAAUCAAUUGACUAUCCGCGAGCCAUACGUGGCCGAGGGUGAAGAUGUCAACUGGAUGAUGGCCUGCGCUGCUCUCGCUUCCUCGCACAACUUGAAGGCUCUUGAUCCCAUCGACAAGAUCACCAUUCUUACUUUGAAGAGAUAUCCCAAGGCUCGUGAGAUCUUGCAACAAGGCUGGAAGACCGAGAAAUACAUGCCCUUCGACCCUGUCUCCAAGCGUAUCACCACCAUCUGUACCCUCAAGGGCGAGAAGUGGUCAUUCUGCAAGGGUGCACCAAAGGCUGUCCUGUCUAUUGCCGAGUGUGACGAAGCCACUGCUAAGCAUUAUCGCGAUACCGCAGCUGAUUUCGCUCGCCGUGGUUUCCGUUCUCUCGGUGUCGCUUCCAAGCGCGGUGAUGAACCAUGGAAGGUUAUUGGCAUGUUGCCCAUGUUUGAUCCUCCUCGUGACGAUACUGCCCACACUAUCUUGGAAGCUCAGAACCUCGGCCUCAGCGUUAAGAUGUUGACUGGUGAUGCCAUCGCUAUUGCCAAGGAAACUUGCAAGCUUCUGGCACUCGGAACCAAGGUCUACAACUCACAGCGCCUAAUUGCUGGUGGUGUCACCGGUACUGCUCAAUAUGAUCUAGUUGAGAAGGCUGAUGGUUUCGCCGAAGUCUUCCCCGAGCACAAAUACCAGGUCGUCGAAAUGCUGCAACAACGAGGUCACUUGACUGCCAUGACUGGUGACGGUGUCAAUGAUGCUCCAUCCCUCAAGAAGUCUGAUUGCGGUAUUGCUGUUGAAGGUGCCACUGAAGCUGCUCAAGCCGCCGCCGAUAUUGUCUUCCUCGCCCCCGGUCUCAGCACCAUCGUCGAUGCUAUCAAGGUCGCCCGUCAAAUUUUCCAGCGUAUGAAGGCUUACGUGCAAUAUCGUAUUGCUCUUUGUCUGCAUUUGGAAGUCUACCUCACCACUUCUAUGAUUAUCAUCAACGAGACCAUCCGUACCGACUUGAUCGUCUUCUUGGCCUUGUUCGCUGAUCUUGCCACUAUUGCUGUUGCCUACGAUAACGCUCAUUACGAACCCCGGCCAGUCGAAUGGCAAUUGCCAAAGAUCUGGGUUAUCUCAGUCUUCCUCGGUUUCCUUCUCGCAAUCUCCACCUGGAUCAUGCGUGGUUCUCUCUACCUACCAGGUGGCGGUAUUGUUCAAAAUUUCGGUAACGUUCAGCUCAUGCUGUUCUUGCAAGUCUCACUGGUUGAGAACUGGCUCAUUUUCGUCACUCGUGGUGGACAGACCUGGCCAUCAUGGAAAUUGGUCGGUGCUAUCUUCGUCGUCGAUGUCUUAUCCACACUUUUCUGCGUUUUCGGCUGGCUUUCUGGUGAGCCUGACCAAUUCUUCACCAGCCCUCAAGAUGCUUUCUCCCGAGACAACUACAGCAAGGAUACCUCCAUCGUCACUGUUGUGGUCAUCUGGGGAUAUUCAAUCGGCGUUAUCAUCGUCGUGGCCAUUGUCUACUACCUUCUCGUUAGUAUGAAAUGGAUUGACAAUCUUGGCCGUGCUACUCGCAGCCACGCCGAUACCACUAUGGAGAACAUCCUUGGCCAUCUCAGCCGAGUUGCAAUUGAGCAUGAAACUGAUGUUCACGGCAAGGCCAAAUGGGUUCUGGGAACCAAGGGAACUGGAGAGGAGGAGGAAGAAUAA